CAGAAUAUAACAUGGUGAACCGGAGAUUACCGUGAACUGCCGGGACCACCUGACAUGUAGGAGAAGAAAGCGGGACAUCUGGACAGGGACAGAGAGCUGGGAUGCUCCUGAAGCAAUAUUCCUAUGAAAAUGAUGUCUAUGGAUGACUGGAAUGCCGAAAUCAUUAAAGAAUUGUGCAUGUGCAAUGAUGUCAAUUAUGACAAGAUUAGACAGGAUGGACAGGCAACAAAAACUCUGGAAAUGUUCUUCUCUGGCUACCCCAGAAUGGUGGGGCUCUCUUACUUCCCAAAUCUUACCAACUUGACCUUAGUCGGACAGAGCAUAGAAAGUAUUUGCGACCUGCAAUCCUGCCCACUACUUGAAGAACUGUGGGUUACAGAGUGUCAGAUAACAAAAAUUGAAGGACUUCAGGACUGUCAGCAUUUAAAAAAACUGUUCCUUUAUCAUAACAGCAUUACUGCUAUUGAGGGUUUGGAAAACCUAAAGAAAUUGGAAGUAGUGUGGCUAAAUGAUAAUGAGAUUGAAGUAAUAGAGGGAUUGGAUACGCUGCAGAAUCUUAAAGAGCUUAAUCUGGCUGGAAACAUGAUAGACUCAAUAGGGAGUCGUCUAGAUCCAAAUGUGCAACUGGAGCGAUUGAACCUGUCCGGUAAUAAAAUAUCUUCUUUUAAGGAGAUGACAAACUUAUCAAGGCUUCCCAACCUAAAGGAUUUAGGCCUUAAAGAUCCCCAAUACAGUCCCAACCCGGUCUGCCUUCUCUAUAACUAUGCUACUCAUGUGUUAUAUCAUAUGCCUCAGCUACAGAGACUUGACACAUACAACGUAUCCCAUAAACAAAUCAAGGAUUUAGCAGAGUCUACGGUGAUGAAAAAACUGAUGUACUAUAACAUGCGUAUGAAGACCGUGUACAGACAGCUGAGGGAAGAACUAGAAAAACUGAAAGAUCUGACGAACAAAUUGGAACAGACACCAAAGGACAAAAUGAAACAACUCAUUUUCCAAGUAAAAAGUUUAGAGGAGAACUUAUUAGCGGAAAGCCUAUUGGCAUCAAAUAAGUCCCAGAAAACAAUUACCAAAUCUUAUGGUCACAUUGAACAACAGAAACCUAUUGAGGAAUCGAACCCAUUGGAAAAGGAAGAAAUCGAGAGAAGUGACUCAGACCUGAAAGAGCAGAUAUGUCGAAAGUUGUGUGCCCUGAACCAGAGAAUACAGUUCUGGGGACAGAGGAUGGAUGAGAUCGACACUCUUCAUAAGAAAGAAGUUGCGAGGAUGGAACAAAGCUUUGAUCUUUCGGCCCAGUUCUUACAGACAGAGCUUGAAACCGUAGGGAAUGUUCGCUUUGAAGAAGGCACUCCAUCAGAUUCAUGGUUCAAGUCCUGUUAUGAUCUGAUUCUAUCACGCUCCUGUGCAUCAAAUAUUAAAACACUCGGGAUCACUGGAGUGAAAAUAAAUCGAAUAGUCAGGGUGCACAAUCGAAUUCUGCGAUUCAGGUUUGAGGAAAGGCUCCAGGAUCACCUUGACGAUGAGGACGACGCCGCUGCAGCAAGCUACAAGAGAAAGCUAGAAUAUCUUUUUUAUACUUUGGACCCCGGCAUAUCAGCUGAAAAGAACAAUCUCCUUCAAAUUCUUGAAGAUGGGUUUAAAGUCACAAAAAGUUCCCAGUUGUAUGAUCAGGAACAAGAAGAAGCUGUCCUCCUCUCCAACAGUUUGGCAUUUUAUGAGACUUCUAAAUUGCGGCAAGAAACAAACCAAGAGACAAAUCAUUAUGAUCCAGAACUCUUUAAACACGGUAAACUUAUCAUCUCUAAAGUGUUCCUUGGCCAUAGCGUUCAGGCACAAGAAUUUGUGCCUAUUAAUCCUGCUAAUUAUCCUGGUGCUAAUUCAGUCUUCAGACCGCUGAAGUUGAACAGCAGAACUCCAUGUUCUUCAGAUGAUGAAGUUUGUCCCUCCAAGGAACAUGAGAGCUGUGGCUGCAGCCUCCGCCGCUGUGAGUGGUUUUUGUUGGACACGGAUUUUGUCCUUCCAGAAUACAUUGUGGAGUAUGAAUAUAUUACUCAGGGAAUGUCUGACAUGACUUAUAGUCUUUCCAGUAUUGCAGCUGCAGAAUACUCAGAUGAAAUUAAAUUGGACGAAAAUGUUUUUUCCAUGGCACCAAUUAUUAAACCCAGGCCAAAAAUAAUUACUCUGGACGAAGGGACCAUUCUUUCCAUUGCCAAAGCCAAUAUGUACAGCCAAAUUACAAUCCUAAACUUACACGGCAACAGUUUAAGCAAACUAAAGGAAAUUUCAAAGCUUAAUGGGCUUCAGAAGCUUAUCAUAAGUUUCAACGAGUUCACCAGUCUAGAAGAUGUCUCGUGCUUGCCCAAUUUGGAAUAUCUGGAUGCCAGCCAUAACCGUGUGAUCAGUCUGGAAGGUUUUAAAGGCAUGAGGAAACUGAAGCACUUAGACCUGAGUUGGAACCAAUUGACCAAGACGAUGGAUGAACUAAAUGUCUUGUGCAGACACGCAGCGCACCUUCUCACCCUGAAUGUCGCCCACAACCCUUGGCAGAAGCCAGCUUCGGUGCGUAUGGCAGCCAUUGGAAGAUUGAAGUCGCUGACUCAUUUGGACGGAGUGCACAUCACCAAAGAAGAGGUUUCCGAAUGGCCAAAAUUUUCUGCUGGGGCCCGAAUAACACCGUCAUUGCUAGAGAUCAGCGCCAGAACAGACAACGUUAGACCACGUUGCCUUAGUCUACUGCCUUCUGCUCAGAUCAUCUCUCGAAUUAGCAAGAACUGCCUGGAUCCAUAUGCUGAAUUUAAUAGCAGCUGGUAUCAUACGAUUACAUCAGUAAAUUUGGAUGGACAGAAUCUCUCCAGAAUUGCACAUUUAGAGAAGCUGGAGAACCUCCGCUGGGCAUCUUUCAGUAACAAUUACCUAUCCAGAAUUGAAGGUCUAGAAAAUUGUGUGAAGAUAGAAGAGCUUUGUCUGGAUGGAAACUGCAUCACAAAAAUGGAAGGACUCUCGAAGCUUGUGAAGCUCCGGCACCUCAGCAUGAACAAUAACCAGCUUACAAGUUUCGACAGAGAAGUUAUUGAUCAUCUGUCUCAUCUUCACUUUCUGUCCGCCGAGAACAAUCACAUCAGCUCGCUGGCAGGACUGCAGAAAGCCCACUCAUUAAUAGAGCUCUACCUGAGCAAUAACCACAUCUGUAACAACCAAGAAAUCUACCACCUUAAGGAUUUAAACAACCUUGUCAUUUUGGAUUUGUACAGUAAUCCGAUAUCACUGAAACGCGACACCUAUCGAUUGUUUGUUAUCUUUCAUCUUUCGUCUCUGAAAGCUCUGGACGGAUCAGCGGUGGACGCAGCGGAGUGUGAAAGUGCGAAGGACAUGUUUGGCGGUAGACUUGGUUGUGAUAUGGUUGCUGAAAAAAUUGGACAUCAGAAUUUUACUGAACUGCAAGAGUUAAACUGGAGAUCCUCGUCAAUUAGAUCCGUUGACCUGGUUCCAGCCGACCACUUUAGCAGCGUCCACACUGUGAAUUUAGAGAACAACAAUCUGACGUCGUUCAGUGGAUUAAUCUUUCUGUCACGUGUGAAGAAUUUGUAUCUUAACUACAACCAUAUUGAGUCCAUCCUGCCAAGACAGAAGCCUCAGAAUCACCUGACCAACCGGCAGAUACUUCACCAAAAAGUUAACUCCAGCGGAUAUGGGCAGCAAGGCAAGAAUAACAGUUCCAGAGACCCGUUAUUUGGGGAGUCUCUGCCGCCGAUAAUGCAGAGUUUAGAGGUGCUUCACUUGGGUUACAACGGCAUCAGUAAUUUGUCGCAGUUGCAACUCAGCCGAUUGAGGAAUUUGAAAUCUCUGUUUUUGCAGGGCAAUGAGAUCAGCCAAGUGGAAGGACUUGAAGGUUUACAGCAUCUUCAGGAGCUUGUGCUGGACCAUAACAGGAUUAAAAUGAUCGCUGAGACGUCAUUUGCAAAGCAGAGUUCUCUAGUCUCCCUCCGAAUUGAAGAAAACAGGCUCCGUGAUUUGAGUAAUUUGCAUCCUCUUAUAAAGUUAAAGAAACUGUUUAUUGGAUUUAAUAAAAUUCAGGAAAUUUCAGAAGUAGAAAAACUGGAGGCAAUUCCUACACUACUAGAGCUCUCCAUCUCUGGAAACCCAAUUUCCCGUAAGAUGUUCCACCGUCAGUUCAUAGUGCUCCGGCUGCAAAACCUGCAGAUAUUAGAUGGCAUUGCCGUGACCUCUGAGGAGAGGGCGAGGGCAGACAUGCAUUUCCUGGAACAGCAAACAUUAUCUGGUCAGAACCCAGUCAUAGAAGUGGUGCAUCCGGCAUCCACCCUGAUCUUAAGCAAGGCAUCGCCAUUAUGUGUUACCAAUGCCUGCCUGCCAGGAGCGAGCCACCACCAUAUCCCCGGGCCUGAUCUCUACUUAAGUAAUGCACAAGAUGACAUCUUUCCAAACGAAUCCAACAAAUACAAGAAAACCAAGCCCCAUGGAGGCGCGAUGAAUAACCCACGCAGCGUGAAUGCAGAAAUUGCUUUCAGGCAGUUCAAAGGAGGAACAAGUAUUUCUUCCACGUACUUGCAACAAGGCAACCAAAAUCGAGCAGCGCACUUACAAGCAAGCAAUCUGGAGCAUGACGGAAGAUUCUUUGGCAAUGGGACAGUACGUCAAAAUCGGAUGUAAGACAGUGGGCAGUUUUGGUGAGACCACCGUUCCUGACCUCCUUCAAUGACAUAAUUUUAUGCAGAUGACAUACAUACAGCCUUUGGCCUCCAUUGUAUAUUUGUGUAAAUGUUAAAUCAUAUCUCAUUUUAUGUCAUAUGAAUUAUGUAUAAGUAACAUUAAAUCAAAGCUGUUGAUGUUCCUCAAACUAAUAUUUAUUAUUAUAUGCAUGAAUAUACAGAUUAUAUACUGUAGAUUAUACGUAUCCAGAUUACAUAGCAGAUUGCUUUUUUGUUAAAUGUACGGUAUAUAAAUUGUGUUAUUCAUUUGGUAAAUUAAGUAAAAUGA